GAGGAAGUGAUAUGCAAACCAGAAAAAGUGUGGUGUUGCAAGUGUGGCCAGCUGAGCAAUCCGCAGAACUGAAGGCAUGAAAAUGCUGGUGCUCGGCCAAGCGCCCAGCGGAGCCUUAUCAACUCGGCGGUGUUAUCUGACAUCCCCGCCAAAAUUCUCAAACCCAAACCCUCCCCUCUUCUCUUCCCACAGACCCAGCAGAUUCUUCUCCAGUGUAAACCCUUCAAAAUCUCUCAAUAUCACGCUCGCAAAGGCCGACGGAGGCGUCGAUUCGGCUUCCUCCGCUGACAAACAGGGCUUCUCCGCCUCAUCAGCUCCUCCUCCUCCUCCGCCUUCGGUCGAUAACCAACCAGUUUUCGUGGGUCAGGAGAACAUUCCUCUAGAAGGCGUGAUUCAGUUCGAGAAGCCCGAUUCUUCUGCUCGUUUACGCAAAUGGGGUCAUGUGGCAUUACUUGCUGGAGGGGAUGUUUUGGCAUUGCUUACGUUUGCUGCAAUUGGAAGAUUCAGCCAUGGAUUCCCCGUUUUCGAAUUCGAAACACUUCGCACGGCUGACCCUUUCGUUGCUGGAUGGUUUUUGAGUGCAUAUUUUCUCGGAGGCUUUGGUAAGGAUGGACGUGGAGUCAAUGGACAAUCGAAGGCACUUACCGCUACGGCUAAGUCAUGGGCCUUGGGAAUUCCACUUGGGAUAAUCAUAAGGGCAUCAACAGCUGGCCACAUUGCACCAAUCAAAUUCGUACUUGUAACAAUGGGGAGCACUGGUGUUUUACUUGUUGGAUGGAGAGCACUUCUGUAUAAGUUUCUUCCCGGCGAUAAGAGCAAGAAGAGUGAUGUAUAUCGCCGCGGUAGCCCAUUUGAAUUGUUUGAGUUGCUCACGUCAUUAGUACGAAGGUGGUGACAAUGAUAGUUAAUUCGAUCUGCCUGUAUCAUAGGUGAAUACCAAUCCCGACAUCAGCUAUUCUCAUCCAAUGGUCGACAAUUAUCCAGAUUAUGCACUUUCGCUGUAUGGAUUUUGACGUUUUGGUAUCACUCGUGUAACCUUCGGUGUGCAACUGUGAAGCAGAAGCACAAAUGUAAAGAUUAAGAGAAUAGAUCGACUCAUAAGCAACGGCUUUUCCUGCACUGGCCGGUGUUCUUAUACCGCCUUAUCCACAGAUGUAUUCAUGCCGAUUCGUUGUAUUCUAUUUGAAUCUUUUAGAAAGGAUC